AUGACAAUGCGUACGCUGCUCAUCAUAUACUUCGCGUCGUUAGUGCACUGUGAAUGCAAGGGUGACGUGAAACAUCUGCGGCAUGCGAGGGCCCUCAUCAGGCACGGCCGCUCGCGGGUGCACAUGACGCGCGUGCACGGCCGCGCGCGCGACCUCGUCGCGCAGAUAGAGGCGGAGACGAGCAGCGAACUCGGUAAAGUCCCGCCGGCCCGUCCGCCCGAAGGUGCGACAGCAUUUGCGCCUUCCGCUACAAGUUACCAAUUCUCG